UGGCGGUAAACGUAAACGGUAAGUGACGCGGGGGAUCGUCUCGGAAAAUCGUGGGAAACAUGCACGUGCAACCAAUAGUUUUCCUCGCGAAAUAUUGACUUGGAAACUCGCUGACGUCACGGCAUCGGCGAUGGAUGCGUGAGAAAAUAACAGGUGAAAGAGUUUUAUGUUACGAACCAGAUCCUACAAAGGCAAAAGUAUUAUACGACUCCAAGGUUCUUGAUGUUGUGAUACGCAAGGAUCAAGCAGGCAAAAAAAUUGUGGAAUAUCUAAUACAUUUUCAAGGAUGGAACUCUUCUUGGGAUAGAUGUGUAGGUGAGGACCAUGUUUUGAAAGAUACUCCUGAGAAUAGACAACUUCAAAAAGACCUAGCAGAGAAGGCACAAUUACAAUUGGGAGCAUAUUUAUAUCGAAAAGAAAGAAAAAAGAGGAAUCGAAAGAUUAGUGACAGAGCUACAUUUUCAGAAGAAGGAAGCUCAGACAGCCAAGCCCGAAUUGAUGGGGACAAUUGUGAGAUGACAAGUAGUUCAGAUGAACACUCUUCUAUUGAGGAUGAAGCUGUAGAAAUUGAAUUAACACCUGAAUUAAGAGAAGUCAUUGAGAUUGAUUACAGUUUUAUUAAAAAGAAGCAUAAGCUCCUGAAAUUACCAGCUGAACCAAACAUAGUGACAAUUCUAGAAACCUAUUAUAAACAUUAUGCUACAAGUCAGAUUUGUGGCCUCAAUGAGAAACCAAGUUCAAGAUAUAAAUAUUAUUCUCAUAAUCAAAAUUGCAGGCCCAAACAUGAAGAUGUUCAAAGGAAUUUAGCAAUAUGCAGAGAAGUGAUGGACGGUUUGAGGCUUUAUUUUGAUUUUACCGUAAAUGAUUUGCUUCUGUAUGGCAUUGAAAGAGGUCAAAUACAAACAGCAAUGGCUGUCUCUCAAUUAGUAGAAUCUACAGAAGUAAAAAUGGAGGUUAAGAGUGAAAUAAAUAGUAGUUCUGGAACUCGAGUAAGCAGUGCAACUGCCUCAAGUUUGAAUGGAAAUAGCGGUUUUAGAAUGAAUUCAAGAAGAAGAACCUUAAGAUCAUCAACUAGUACCAAAGUUGAACCACAUAAUAAUGGCAGUUCUGUUCUAUCUGAAGAUGGAACGAAUGCUGCCAAACCAUCAUCAAGUGCUGGUAGUACAAAUUCGGACACGUCGGGGCCAUUAGCAAGAGCCUUAUCUUGGAAACUAUUACCUGAUUAUGUAUACAAUCAACAACCGCCGCCUCCCUGCUUGGUAUAUGGUGCUACGCACUUGUUAAGACUUUUUGUUAAGUUGCCAGAGUUACUGGCUGCUUCAAGCAUACCAGAAAAUAAGAUGAAGAUUUUGUUAAGGCAUUUUGACUCAAUAAUUGACCACUUGACAGAACAUAAAGAAUGGUUUGGAGAAAAGUUUUAUGUGGACUUAAAUUAAGAUAGUUUUCAGAGGUUAAACAUUAUAUAUGUGUAUUUUACAGACAUGAAUCUAAAUAGGUACCAAAUAAAUAUUAGUUUUUC